AUGCCAUUCCGCAUCGAGACUCAACCGGGCGCUACCCCGGUCAAUCGUCCCAUCUACCGGUUGUCCCCCUCAGAGUUGGAGGAGUUGCGGCGCACUCCGGAUGACCUCCUCGCCAAGGGGUUCAUCCGCCCGAGCAACUCUCCCUGGGGGGCCCCCGUCCUCUUCGCCCCCAAGAAGGACGGGGGCUUGCGCUUCUGCAUUGACUACCGGGGACUUAAUAAACAAACCGUUAAAAAUGCGUACCCUCUCCCCCGGGCCGAUGACCUCAUCGACCAACUCCACGAUGCUAAAUUCUUUUCUAAAAUCGACCUGCGCUCCGAGGAACAUGAGCGCCUCCUCCGGGAGGUAUUCACACGCCUGCGCAAACACACCCUCUACGCCAAGGAGUCCAAGUGUAUGGACAAGACCGAAGAAGUCACCACCCGCAACUUCUACUGGCCGGACCUCCAAGCGGACGUCCGGCGUUACAUCCGCUCGUGCGACGCGUGUCAACGCAAUAAGCCCAGCAACCGCCGCCCUGGGGGACUCUUGCAGCCUAUUCCCAUCCCCCAG